CUCUCGUCACCAUGGUAGAAUUCGCUCCCUUUCAAGUACCCACCCCUGAGCCAGUUGUCCUAUUUAUUCCAUUUAGUUUUGUCUGAAACAUUACAAGUUUAUCAUUACUUUGUAAAUUGGCGAAAGUUGGCCCAACCAGUAGCUCGUUUUGGUUUCGUUUUCGAGUGCUGCAGUUGCAGGUUUUCGGUUGCUUGCUCGUGUUUAGCCACAGCUGUGAGCGUGUCUGUACAAGACGCUUUACCAGCUUUACUUCCUUUCUUUCUUUCCUCUAUGGCGGUAUGAAUUGAGUGACACGAGCCUGCGAAUGAAGCGUUAACGUUAAGAUAUCAGUAUUGUCUUCCUCCUACCCAGUCCAGCUCGUCCCGACGUUCUCGCUCCAUGACUCAACAACGUGUUGCGCUUGUACUACAGUUUCAGUUUCAGGAAUGCCCUAACUGACGGUGUGGCUGUAGGUUGUCCACCGGUCUGUUGGACGACGUUAUUCACAAUGCCACCAAUUCGUCACGUCAUAUGUCCCAGAUGUCAGUGGAGGGCGCCUUCCUUGAAAGCACUGUUUCGUCACCUCCAUGGGAGCCAUAGCCAUGAAAAGAACUGGGUUUGUGGAUUGACCGGAUGUAUGCAGUCCUUUGUCCACUUCCCAUCCUACAGAAAGCACGUUUGGCGCAAGCACCUCAACAUCCUCCAGGGAGGGCCCAGUCUGCCUCCCACACAGCCUGAAAGUGGCCACGACAUGACUGCCCCUGAAAGAAAUGUGGAUGCACCCCCUGACAUACUCCAGGGAGAAAGUAGUUUGCUUCCUGCAGAGCCUGGAAGUGGCCACGACAUGCCUGCAUCAGAAAGUGUGGACGCACCACAUGACAUCAUUUCACCUGACCUAGCACAAGGAGACAGUGACGCAGAAAACCAAAGUAUCCUCCAGAGUGAUCACGACAGUAGCUCAGCCGUUGGAGAACCUGAUCAUGUGAAGCAAUUUGCCCAGCUGCUACUGAAAUGGAAAGAAAGCAAGCGCUUGCCAGAGACAACCAUCGACGAAAUUGCCAAUGAUAUCAUCUGCUACGUCCACGGCGUGACGGAUGACCUAACAACAAAACCAGUACAACAGUGGGCACAAAUUUUGUCAUCUGUUGGUGAUGGCAUGGAGAUGCUGGCUACAAAGGGAGGCCGCACAGAUUAUUGGACAUCCUGCCUGCCAUUUGUGGAGCCUCGCACCAUAGCACUUGGAACCGACGAACGUGGAAAACGAAGAGUAUUCCACUACAUUCCAAUACUUGAGGUUUUAGAAAAACUGCUGGAGGUCCCUGAUGUGUACAAUAAUUUCUACUGCCCAGACAGGGAAGAAGGCUACCUCACAACAGUUUUUGAUGGGACUGCAUUUCGUGAUCACUCUUACUUCAAGGGAGAUGAAGAUAUGAUUUGCAUACAAUUGUAUGCUGACGAAUUUGAGGUGUGUGACCCGUUAGGAAGCAAGAGGGGAAAGCAUAAGCUCCUCGGUGUCUAUUUCUCAAUUCUGAACCUUCCACAAAGGACAAGGUCUUCUCUCUCACAGAUUCACUUGGUGCUACUUGUGAACGACAAGUGUGCUUCCAAAUAUGGUCUUGACAAGGUGUUUGCCCCUCUUAUGGAGGACAUUGCGUCACUGGAGAAUGAUGGAAUAACCAUAAACGGACAGACACUAAAGGGAACCAUCUUCAUAGUGACAGGUGACAACUUGUCCUGCCACCGCCUUGGUGGCUUUAAGUGUAGCUUCAGUGGUGGGCGAAUAUGCCGGUUUUGUUUAGCACUGCGGCACGAAAUCAGCAGUAAGCACUUGGAGGCAGACUUUGUGCUUCGAACUCCAGAAAGCCAUCUGCAUCAUCUGAACAUGCUCAACACUGGCAUACCCACUUUGUCGUUGUACGGUGUUCGGGAACCCUGUCCUUUCAACUUCACCGGGUUUCACCCAACUGAACAUAUGCCCCCUGACAUCAUGCACGAUAUCUUUGAAGGUGUGAUCCCAUUCGUGAUGAUCCGCGUCAUUGAAGACCUCGUUUCCAGCGGGUUGUUUACACUAAGUCAUCUCAACAAGUGCAUAGAAGGCUACAGCUAUGACGUUGGUGACACCAGGAAUAAGCCCGAGAAGAUCGCCCCUGAUGUUCUCAAAGGAAAAAAAGCAAUGAAGGGCAGUGCGUCACAAAUAUUUUGUUUCUUUCGACACUUUGCAUUGUACGUCGGUGACUCUGUACCAUCCGAAAAUAGCACAUGGGAACUCUAUCUUCUAUUGCGUCAGAUAGUGGAGCUCCUUGUUUGCAGGAAGCUACCGACUGGUUAUGUGCCGUACCUGCAACGCCUCAUUCAUUUCUUCUGCCUAGAUUUUCAAGCCCUGUUUUCACAUGUUAAGGUGCCAUGUAAGGUACAUUACUUGAUCCACUACCCAACGUACAUUUCUAAAUAUGGCCCAUUAAUUAACCUCUGGGCAAUGCGUUUCGAGUCGAAACAUCAGUAUUUCAAAGACCUGGCACGCAAACUCCAUAACUUCAAAAAUGUCACCCACACCCUCGCAGUCAGGCAUCAGUUCCAUCAGGCUUACAUCCUGUCCGAAGCCUCGAAGGAGAACUCUGUUUUCCCUGCAGGAAGCCGUCCAGUUUUGCUGGAGCACGUCUCGGAAGUGGUCAGGUCUUACGUGGCCCACAAGUGUGUUACUGUUACGAACAUCUCUGUGUUGAGUUCUGUAAGAACUGGCAACAUCACUUACAAACCUGGGAUGACACUGUCGUACAGCACUAGUGAUGACGACCUACCCAAAUUCAUGGAAAUCUGCAACAUCUACUCUGUGGACAGGGACAUAGUCUUUGAAGUGCGUGAGCUGCUGUGCGUGGAGUUUGACAGGCACUUUCAUGUUUAUGUCGUAACUUCGACCGACAGGAUCUCCGUUGUGAAUGACACUUUAAUGCUCAGACCGGAGCCUUUGUAUGUCGUACGGCAGGGAAACAGGCAUGUAAUUAAUAGCCGCAGUGCUAUACUCUAGGCCAGGUAUAGAACGGACGCGAGAACAAUACAUGUACAACGGAGCAGUGGGACAUAAUUUGCAACUGCUAAUCUUUUUUCCUCACAUUUGUAACCCAGGUGAUGUGCUUCAUGAUAUAAAAAAACACUUGUUUUGUGUCUGAUGUACAGAAGCCACCAA